AUGCUUGCUGUUGUUGACGAAAUCUGCCCAGAUAAAAAAAAAGACUUUGAGGACAUUAGCCUUUCUGCUCGGACUUGUGUAAGAAGAACUGAAGAAUUAGGAAAUAAUUUAAUGCAGCAACUUAAAGAAAAAAUUAAUUCGUUCAAUUUUUUUUCACUCGCGAUGGAUGAAAGUACAGAUGUAUGUGACACAGCUCAACUUUUAAUUUUUAUUCGAGGGAUUGAUGAUGAUUUUAAUGUUUACGAAGAACUUGCCGAUCUUUGUAGCUUAAAAGGGACUACCACAGGAGAAGAUCUGUUCAAAAGUAUUGAUAAAUCACUAAACAAUUUAGGAUUUGAGUGGAAAAAAUUAGUUAGUGUAACAACAGAUGGUGGGAAAAACAUGAGUGGUUCCAAUAAAGGUGUGGUAGGAAGAAUAAAGAAAAAAAUGUUACAAAACGAUUAUGAAAUCCCUAUGAAUUUCCACUGUAUAAUUCACCAAGAAGCAUUGUGUUGUAAAGUUUUUGCGUGUCAAGAAGUUAUGAGUGUUGUUAUUUCCUCAAUAAAUUUUAUUCGAAAAAAUGAAGUCAGAUGGUUGAGUAGAGGUGCGGCACUUAAACGAUUUUUUGAUCUACGAUUGGAAAUAGAAAUGUUUAUGAAUGAAAAAAAUAAAAUCGUUUCUGAACUAUCAGAUGAAUCAUGGAUUCUCGAAUUAGCAUUUUUAACAGAUAUAACAACAUUUUUGAAUGAAUUGAAUAUAAAAUUACAAGGCAAAGGAAAAUUACUCUCAGAUAUGUACACUGAUAUUAAAUCAUUUCAAAAUUCUUUUCAAGUGGACAUAAAUAAUGUCAAGAAUAAUUUACAAAUGGAAGUCAUUAAACUUCAAAAUGACGAGGUUCUAAAAAAUUCUUUUCGGGAAGCAACUAGUUUGCCUCAAUUUUAUAGUUGUCUUCCAAUAUCUACCUUCCCUGGAAUCAGACAAUUUGCACAAAAACUUAUAGCGGCGUUUGCAAGUACAUAUAUAUGUGAGCAGACAUUUUCCAUUGUGAAGUACAGAAAAAGUAAGCACUCUUCGCGCCUUAGUGAUGAACAUUUACGAGCUGUAUUACGAGUUUCAACAACAAAUCUGCAAGCUGAUAUCGAAAAUUUAACUAAUAAACUGCAGGCACAGAAAUCGCAUUAA